AUGGCGACUCUCUUCAAUACCCUACUCCUAGGCCUCACGUUAGGGGCCUCCGCAAGCACAAUCCAGAUGAAUAUCGCGCGAGAUCCGGCCGUUCAUGCCGCACAACUAGAGGCCAACUACGUCCGGAGCAGACUCGUGCGUCGCGCCGGCAGCUCUACCGUCACCGAGUCGCUCAUCAACAACGUAACAGGCGGCCUAUAUGCUGCGAGCAUCACAGUAGGAACACCGCCGCAGAAACUGACUCUUCAAAUCGAUACGGGCAGUUCGGACGUUUGGGUUCCUGUAGCCGGGUCUGAUAUUUGCGAUGCUCCUGCUGCUGAGGAUGGGGGAUGCCCUGGCGGCACUUUCGACAAUACAACUUCCUCGACGUACAAAGUAGUUGGAGCAGGCGAAUUCAAUAUCUCAUAUGUGGAUGGAUCGGGUGCUGCUGGAGAUUACUUUACAGAUAUGUUUGGUAUUGGUGGCGCGACGGUGAAAGGUCUGGAGAUGGGGUUAUCCGUAGAUGGUCAAAUUGGACAGGGUAUUAUGGGUAUUGGGUAUAACACCUCGGAGGCAAAUGUCGAAACUGGCAAUACCACCAUCUACGCGAACCUGCCCAAUGAGAUGGUCGAUGAAGGGUUGAUUAACUCUCUUGCGUAUAGCUUGUGGUUGAAUGAUCUCAGUGCAAGUACUGGAUCAAUUCUUUUUGGAGGCAUCGAUACAGACAAAUUCACAGGCGAUCUCAUCUCAGUCGAUGUUUACCCCAGCCGCCGUUCAAAAUCUGUCGUCUCUUUCACUGUGGCAUUCACCUCUCUAUCAGCAACCAGUAGCUCUGGUACCGAUCAACUUACCGCAGAUGGAUUCGCCACUGCUGCUAUAUUAGAUUCUGGAACUACUCUGACAUAUCUCCCCAACGAGGUCGCUGAAAUGGUGUUUGCGGAAUUGGGAGCGCAAUACUACACACAGCUCGAUGCUGUUGUUCUUCCAUGCUAUACCGGAGAUAAAAAUGGAACGAUCAACUUCGGUUUCGGUGGCACAGGCGGACCAGUUAUCAAGGUGCCCAUCAAGGAGCUCGUCCUCCCUCUCACCCUGCCCAGCGGCAAAGCUGCAACAUACACCGACAAGGUAGCAGCUUGCCAACUAGGAGUUCAAGCUGCAGGUGAUCUACCAAUCUUAUUCGGUGACACGUUCCUGCGCUCAGCCUACGUCGUGUACGAUCUUGCCAACAACCGCAUCGGUCUCGCCCAGACAGACUUCAAUGCCACCAGCUCCAACGUGGUAUCAUUCCCUAGCUUCGGCGCACCGAUUCCCUCGGCCACGACUGCACCGAAUGAAGCCGCGGUUACACAAACUGCUACUGAUAUCCCCAAAGUUGGUGCUUCGGCGACAGCGAGUGGAGAUAGCGCUGCGCCAACUUAUAACCCCACGGCUACUGGUCUUAGUGCGGCUAGCGGCUUCACUUCUACGCCGACAGGUACGAGUAAGAGUAAGAGUGCAGGUAAUAGCAUUGAGCCAUUUGCUUGGUCGAGGGUAUUUGUUGGUAUCAUCACGCUUUCCAUGAUGGGUGUGGGUGGCGGUGUUUUUGCGUGGCUAUAA